AUGGACAUUUACCUGAGCAACUCUGUUUUCCAAGAGCUCUUAAAGAUCUCUGAAGAAGAGUUUGGUCUCCCCGCGGAAGGACCAAUCAUGUUGCCAUUCGAUUCGGUUUUCUUGGAGUAUCUGAUCAAAUUGGUCCAACGACGAAUGGACGAAGAUACGGAGAUGGCUUUGCUAAUGUCAAUCUCCAGUGCCAGAUGCUCUCUACACUGUUCUAUCCAACAACAAGAACAACAAAGUAGUAGUACUCAACAAUUGCUUGUGUUUUAG